AUGGCUCCUUACACAUCAAACGACGCUCGGCGCGACUCACGCUGUGAUUUUUACUUUAGCCAAACCAUCUAUGUGCCCUCAGGAUGGUGGCAUAUGGUCCUGAACAUGGAUAAUACUGUAGCGGUGACUCAAAACUUUGCGGAUGAAACUAACUUCUCUCGAGUGAAGCAGGCCAUGCUCUCAGAUAAAACGGAGAUAUCUCAGUUUCGCCGGUGGGAGCUUCUUGCAGAGGCAUUACCUACUAAAUGGCCAGAACUGUCUUCAGCCGUGGAGGUUGCUCCGGAAGAGCUGCUCCAGGCUAAACUCGAGGCGGAAUCGUCCUGGCUUGAUCCUGCUUCGACUGAAGCGCAGGAUAAAUGGCAGGAACGAGUGCGGGAUGUCAUCUUUCGGUCCACAGGCGUAUCCGAUCCGGGGAACAUCAUUUCGAUUCAAGUAGGACAGAAUAUGUGUUUCUUGUCAGAUUCUGGGUUUGUAAAGUUCUUUACGCCGCUCCACGAUGGCCACGUCAGUUUCGUGUCUGAGAUCGAGUCGAACAAGGCCCUGCAGGAAGCUGUGUUGGAAAGACCCCAGGAUGAUAUCCUAUCAUUUCCAAAAAUGCUGGGACACGGAUAUUUGUUGGCUACUGACCAAGUCGCGGCCUCAGAAUGGCGCUGGCCCUAUAUCAUCACGGAGAAUAUGCAAUGUAUUCAUCCUGACUACAGAAUCUCCGAGGUGCCCCACGUAACAGCUCAUGAUUUUACGCCAAGGGAUAAGCAGGGGUACUACAGCCUGCUUGGCCCCAUUCUGAGAACUUUGCACUACAUGCAUACCCUUGAUAUGGACUUGCUCAAGAAACAAGACUAUAGUUCGAUGGAGGUGAUACCACGGGAGUCAAUCCAGUACACUGUACAUUGUCUGCGAUCGGCUGCUGUGAACCACGCUCGCUGGAGAGUCUUUCCGAAGCAGUUAUUACGAUUGCUACCCAGUUAUCUGCCGAAUGAUCCAAAGGACGUAUUCGAUCCGACAAAAGGGGACAGGGUAGCGACUUUGGUGCAUGGAGACAUUAACCCAGGGAACAUUAUGGGGCUUUUGGAUGUGAAUGUGCGACCUUUUGCUGACCCUUCCGUGAAUGUUCCGCAGUAUGACCUGCGCACUGAGUCAGUAGCAGCAUCGAAAGACUUUUAUAUUACGUUUAAGCCAACAUUGCUGCUCGAUUUUGGAGAUGCUGCCUUUUCGAGUGACCCGUUGAUUGACAUCGUCUCAGUCUUCGUCACCAUUCUCAACUGUCGACACGACUUGGGAAUGACACAGUGCCUGUUGGAUUACUGGAGGGCUUUGACAAAGGACACACGACCACAGAGCUGGAACUCAGCGUUGGCUAGACGAUGUAUGUGGCAUGUCUUGCUGUGGCCGUCUGUGGGUCUAAGCCUACAUCUCGUUCGAUGUAUCCCUGAGAUAGCGGAAAUGCUGACAUGGGAGGAGGUUGAGGACGCCGUCUUUGGUUGGUGGUCGCACCUUGAGCAAUUUACAGAGAAGUUGUCCUGA